UAUAUAUUCAUCCACACCACCCUCUUCCUCUUCUUUCCCUCUCUCUGCAAAUUUCGAUUCCCUCCACCAUACGACGUCGUCGGAGCCUGAACCACCGCACCAAAACCCUACCCUCACCAAAAUGCCAUUCCCUCAGUAACCAUUCUCACCACCGGAAUCGCAACAGCAAUCACCAUCAAUGGCGGAUGACGAGAGGAGCUUCCGCAUCGGGUACGCUCUGGCACCGAAGAAGCGGAACAGCUUCAUCCGAGACUCGCUCGUCACCCUCGCGAAAUCGCGAGGUAUUGACAUGGUUCGGGUCGACCCGGACCGGAAUCUGGCGGAUCAGGGCCCGUUUGAUUGCGUCCUCCACAAGCUCCACGGCGACGAUUGGAAGCGCCAGCUGAAGGAGUUCGCGGUUAGGUUCCCGAAUGCGGUGGUCUUAGACCCGCCGGAAGCGAUUGAGAGGCUCCACAACCGGAUUUCCAUGCUGCAGGUUGUGUCCGAGCUUGAAAUCGACGACCGGAGCGAGACGUUUGGGAUUCCCGAGCAGAUUGUUGUGUACGAUAAGGAAACGCUCGCCGACCAGCGGAACUUGGAGGCGCUGAAGUUUCCGGUGAUUGCGAAGCCGUUGGUGGCUGACGGCAGCGCCAAGUCGCAUAAAAUGGCGCUGGUUUUUAACGCCGGCGGGUUGGGCAAGCUGAAGCCGCCGAUUGUGCUGCAGGAGUUUGUGAACCAUGGUGGUGUUAUCUUCAAGGUGUAUGUGGUUGGGGAGCAUGUGAGGUGCGUGAAGAGGAAGUCCUUGCCGGAUGUUGAGGAGGACGAGCUGGUGGGGGUUACAGAGGACUUGUUGUCGUUUUCGCAGGUGUCGAAUUUGGCCACCGAUGAGAGGAUUGAUGAUAGGUAUUAUAAGAUGAUGCAUUUGGAUAAGUCGGAGAUGCCUCCUCUGGGGUUUAUCACCCACAUUGCUUGUGGAUUGAGGCGUGUGAUGAAGCUGAACCUGUUUAACUUCGACGUGAUUCGGGAUUCUAGAUGUGGGAAUCGGUACCUUAUCAUUGAUAUCAAUUACUUCCCCGGGUAUGCGAAAAUGCCCGGUUAUGAGACUGUUUUGACAGACUUUUUCUGUGAUGUGUUGUGCAAGAAACAGCAAGGACUCGGCCUAAAGGACAGUUCGGAUAAUCCUGGUUCCGGUAGCUGUUCGCGCGGUUACGAUAUAAGAAGGAUUCAAACCAACACUUGUUGCGGUGAUGGGGAUGAGGGUAGCCUUCAAGUUUCGCCUCUUGGCGCGGAAGAGAGAGAGAGUUCUGUGCAAGUAUGAAAUUUUAUGUUUGAAUAACGUGUUUCUCAUUCUAUCACAUUAUCAUUAAUUGGUGCUUUUGUUAGGUAACUUAUAUUUGUUCGUUGGACUCAUUAGCCAAUUGGUGGGUAGACAUGAGUUGCACAUUCUAUUUAGGUAGCAAUUGGUAUAGGUCGAUUGUGACUAGUCUAACCUCUUAACAUGUAUAUUCCACCCGCAUUUGCUUUUGGAGAUAGGCACUUCUGCAUUACUCUGAAGAUUUAGGAAAGCUGUAUUUUUAGGCUUUCAUGCUAGAAACUGCUUUUCUUUUAAGUUUGCCUUUUAACUCAAUGCCUUAAUUCUUGAUUUUCUCA